UUUAAUUAUUAGUCUUCCUGUUCUCGUCUAGUGUUGGGUAUCCUAGUUUUAUCUGGAGUUAUUCUGCUACCGGUUCUUCUGCCCCUUUCUAUUACUGACAAUGGUGGGAAGAAACAAACAACUAGUGAAGGAACUUUCAAUGAGCUUGACAAGUUAUCAAUGGCUAACAUCACGGCAAAGAGUUCAAGGUUGUGGGGAUUUCUCAUUGCCUGCUAUUGGGUUUCAGUUGUUACGUAUGUUCUCCUAUGGAGGGCUUACAAACAUGUGUCAUGGCUGCGAUCUGAAGCUUUUAAGUCUCCUGAUGCAAAGCCUGAACAGUUUGCUAUAGUUGUGAGAGACAUACCUCCUGUUCCUCAAGGUCAGACUAGGAAGGAACUAGUUGACACUUAUUUUAAAGCCAUCUAUCCUGAGACAUUUUACAGGUCUAUGAUUGUAACAGACAACAAAGAGGUGAACAAGAUUUGGGAGGAGUUAGAAGGGUAUAAGAAGAAGCUUGCCCGCACUGAAGCAAUAUAUGCAGGGUCUAAAACAACUGCCAAACCAGAAGGAACAAGACCUACAAACAAGACUGGAUUCCUUGGACUGAUUGGUAAAAAGGUGGAUAGCAUAGAGUAUUACAAUGAGAAGAUUAAUGAACUUGUUGCCAAAUUGGAAUCUGAGCAAAAGGUCACGCUCAGAGAGAAGCAGCAAGAUGCUGCUCUGGUAUUUUUUUCAAAUAGGGUGGUUGCAGCAUCUGCAGCUCAGAAUCUUUAA